CUCCCUCCUCUCUCUCUUCCGCAACCCCCGACAAUCCAUAAGUAAUCUUACCAGGACCUCCCCCAACACCUCAAUCAUACCAUCAACAGCACGCUAUGGGCCUCCGAGAAAUGAUCAAUCCAAUAACGCCCGAAUUCGACGACCUCGUCGAAAAGCUGCUCGGAAAAUGGAAAAUCCCGGGCCUGAGCAUCGCCAUCGUCCACGGCUCCAGCACCUACGCCAAGGCAUACGGAAUCGCCUCGUUCCCCUCCACCCCAAUGACCGUCGACUCUCUCUUCAGCACCUGCAGCACCACCAAGGCCUUCACCGCCGCCGCCCUGUCCCUCGCCAUCGACGACAGCAAAUCCACUCCCAACCCGAUCUCCUGGUCUACACCCGUCUCCUCUCUAAUUCGCGAUGACUUCGUCCUCUCUACCCCCUCCGCCACAGCCCACACAACCAUCGAAGAUAUUCUCUCUCACCGAUCCGGCCUGCCGGGUCACUUCGGGGUCAUGGCUUUUGCGUUUCCGGACGAGGACCUCUGCACUGCAGUCCGCAAGCUCCGCCAUUUGCCUCUCGCAUACCCCCCACGCACGAAAUUCAACUACUGCAAUCACAUGUUCAUGGUCGCGUCGUAUCUCAUCGAACAAAUCAACGGGGAAGACAUGGGUACAACGCUCAAAAAGCGGAUCUGGGAUCCCCUCGGCAUGUCCGAUACAUAUUUCUCGGUCGACGAGGUUAAAGGAAUACCCACUGCAUCAGAACGACUAGUGAAAGGAUACACGUGGAACCCAGAAACAAACAGCUACCACGAAGAGCCGUAUAUGAAUUACACCCCGAUAACUGGCACCGGUGCAAUGGUGAGUAAUGUCCUUGAUUACGCAAAGUGGCUCCGUGCCUUGGUAUAUCAGACCGGUCCCAUCUCGCCAGAGGGACACACGGCGCUACGACUACCUCGGACAGUGAUCGCCCAAGCGGACUGGGAUAACAUGCUUGCUCCGCCGGGCGCAUAUCAUUUGUAUACGAUGGGCUGGUUUGUGGAUUACUACCAUGGGGAGCAGAUAUAUUGGCACACUGGGAGCUGGUACGGGUUCGGAAUCAUGGUUGGGUUCUUGCCUGCACGAGGAUUCGCGUUUGCAAUGAUGGGGAAUACACAGAAUGCCAGGAUUGCGCAGUUGGAGUUGUACUUGUAUCUAAUUGACGGGCUGAUUGGAAAGAGCGGAGACGGGGCAGCAGCUGAGAGGGAGGCACAUGUGCGUAGAUUAGGGGAGAAGAUUCAGGAGAUGGAACGAGGGUUUACGGAAAGUGUGGAGCAAGUGAUUGAACGGUUAUUUCCUGGAUUGGAGAGGAGAUUGCCCCAUGCGUUGGCGUUGGGGGCGUAUGCGGGGAAAUAUGAACAUCCAGCGUAUGGGGAUCUGGUGUUGCGUGAGAGGGACGGGAAAUUGGUUGUUGAUUUGACGGAUCGUGUGUUGAAGAAAUGCUUGCGGUUUGAGCAUGUUAGUGGGGAGUUCUUUGUGACCAAGUAUUAUACCCCCGGGGCGGAAGCUGUGGACCCAGACUACAUGAAGGCCGAGUUUUAUGUUGAUGCGAAGGGGGUCGCCACGGAACUGGGGAUAGAUAUGGAGCCUGCGUUGGGGGGGAAGAUCUGGUUCAAGCGAGCCCACUAGGAUAUGAUUCUUAGACAAGGGGUCUAGAGAGAUGAAUAGCUGGACGGAAGAAGAUCACCAGCUACCUACACAAUAUUCAGCUCGGUUCUACUGGCCCGUGGAGUCUGAUGGCCGAGCCAGAUUAUGGAGGUUCUUAACAUUAACACGAAGAAACCUCCAUGAGAAUAUAGAUAAACAAUCAACGGUAGGUAGACACAUAGGAUGAUAUACCAACAUCAGAUUGGAUAGCAUAGAUGCUAAGCUUGUUGGUUCAAGUACAGUGCAG